UUUGAGUAAAACAAAAAGCAGUUUUUUUUUUAAACAUUCAGUGACAUAUUUAUAGAGACACAGUCUUCAAACAAAUUUACAGUGAAGCAGGUUGAAUUUUGUGAUAAUAUCGUUACCGAUAGUUGAAUUAGCUAGCGUUAGCUCGGACGUAAGUUUCGGUUUCCAGAGGAAGUUCUCGUGACAUUAACGUUACCAUUGCUGUUGGAUGAUGAGUUCAGUACUUGUGGUCACCAUAGUUAUUCUGUAUUUGCGGACACUAACAUUACCAGCCGUAUUGACGCUAUGUUGUCUUGCUUUCAGGAAAUCAGCGGAGUUAAUGCUGGAGCUCUGUGAAGAACCGCAGCAUGUUUCCCCGCAACGCCGUACCGAGACAGCGGUUAGACUACCGAGAAGACUUGUACCCGCCGCCGCCAACACUCGUGCCCCGGUACUACGAUUACAACCACCAAAGUCUGGCUGGUGUCAACAACUUCUCUGUUCCUGGACUACAGAGGCUUCCUCCAUAUGAAUGGAAGCCCAGACUACUCUCCCCAGUCCCUCCUUCAGUCCCUCCUCACACACCAACUAUGACCAAUGGGCGCAAGAGGCAGAAUGAGGACUACAGCCCCCACGUGGUGAAGCGGCAACGCCUUGACCCCCCUUUAACUCGAGCCCCUCCCCCUCAUGUUCCUGGCCAAGUAGUGGCAGGGUCAUCAAGAUCAUCCUUUGCUGGUUUUGAUAGCGCUUAUCACAGCCCAAGCACCCGUAUCCAGCCUCAGGUCACUGCUGCCCCCAAAAGCCCCAACAUCUUGCAGGCCUACGCGAAGGACAAGUUAAGUGAUCAGAUGGUGGAGAUGUUCGAGGCGUGCCAGCAGCAAACUUCCGAUUUGGCCCGGAAGGAGACGUGCCGAGCUCGGCUACAGAAAGACAUACAGAGUGUCUAUGCAGUGGCACGGCUUUACUUGACUGGAUCUUCAAUGAAUGGAUUGGGCUGCCGGAGCAGUGAUGCUGAUCUGUGUCUGGUCCUCACGGGAAAUAAAAGACAUGAUCCUAUACAGGUACUCUCUGUCCUCCAAAGGUUCUUCAGGUCACUGUCGUAUGUAGAGAAGACUCAACUGAUCAGAGCCAAAGUGCCCAUCCUCAAGUUCAGAGAGAAAGGCAGUGAUCUGGAGUUUGAUCUGAAUAUCAACAACACAGUGGGCAUCAGAAACACAUUCCUUCUGAGGAGUUACGCCUAUGCUGAUCUCAGGAUAAGACCCAUGAUCCUUGUUGUCAAGAAAUGGGCACGGCACAAUCAAAUCAAUGAUGCCAGCAAAGGAACGUUGAGCAGCUACACACUUGUGCUGAUGGUGCUGCAUUACCUCCAGAGUCAGUACAGUCAUACACACAGACAAUCUUUUUUUCAGUCCCCUUUGUAUUCUGUCAUUAUUGUGAUUGUUUUCUUUACAGCUCUCAAGGAACCGGUCCUUCCUUCUCUACAGAGGGACUACCCAGAGUGUUUUUAUCACCUCAUGGACAUUAACAUGGUUCCAGAUGGACCCAAACACAUCCCCCGCUACAUCUCAAGAAAUCAAUCCUCUCUGGGAGAGCUUCUCCUGGGCUUCCUCAAGUACUAUGCUACAGACUUCAGGUGGGAUAAGCAGGUGAUCUCUAUCCGAGAGGCCGCAGCUUUGCCCAAGAACAAUUCUCAAAUGUGGCGAAACAAAUACAUAUGUGUGGAAGAGCCAUUUGAGAGAAACAAUGUUGCCAGGGCAGUCCAUGAGAAGAUCAAGUUUGAUGCCAUCAAAGCCGAGUUUGCCAAGUCAUGCCGGAUUCUACAGGACAGGAAGGACCUGAACUCGAUCCUCCCGGUCAGAGCCAUCAUUAAUGAGGAGAUAAGGAGAUAAGGGGCUCCUCUAAUUAGAAGAGCGGACAGGAGUCUUCUACCUCAAGACAGGCCUGUUCCCAGAAACAAAGAGACGUUUAGGAUGUGCUGAGAGAGGAGCUCCGCUGCCUCCGCACCUCGCAGCCACAAGGAGUCUGGGACUCUGAAUGCUCUGGCUGCCUUGGUAUUGCCUUUUAAAAUACCACACUCGACUUCAAAUGCUUUGCAGACUUGGCCAUAUUAUUCUUAUUCAUAUUAUAACAUUUGUGGAAUGGCACUAGAGGGCUCCGAGAUCAUAAUCCUGUCACAUUAACUUGCAACAGAGAUGCUGCACUGAAGCAUGAUGAUAAUGGUCAGUGUUACAAGCGAUAGUCAUUGAUGUUACACGGCCCGCCCCCUCCCAACACACAUUGCAUUAUAGGGUAAACGUUGAGUAUACUGCCAAAUUGUGAAAGACACAAGCUCAUAUCUAGCUUAGAUGGAAGCGUUUUUCUCCUCUGAUCUCAGUUUGUUAUAUCCACAUUGUUAGAGCCAUACUGCACCGUUUUGGAAGUCGGUAAUUUGCUUCUGCAACACAUAUGCAGAGUAUACACAGUAUAUUGUCUUCAGCCUGUGUGGACCAACUUGUAACAUCAAAGUCUUUUUUCUAUUUUUCUAGGUCAGUAGUCAUACUUUCGUGGGUUUAAAUGCCAUAGACUUUUUUUCUACAGAUGCAUUAAAUACCCCGUCGUUUUUCAUUCUCACAUUGUUUAAGUUUCUGAGCUCCUCUGAAAACUGAGCUGUUAAUUGAGGUUGUGUGAUGUUUAAGUUGGUGUCAUUGUUUAAGUGACUCCAAGGUGAUUAUUAGAGGGCUGUGAAGAGACCGUCUGAAUGUUGUAACUCCUUUAUCAUUGGUCCUGAUGUGUUGUGUUCUUUCCUCUGGACUGGUCAGGCUUACUGGAUUUAUUUGGACAGAAAAUGAUGUUCAUCUCUGACUUGAUGCAUACCUUAUCUGAAGAAUUUCCACUUCAAAUUUUUGUUUCCUUGGUCCUUUUUUGUACAUUACGGACUUUUAAAGGUGUAUUUAAAAAUUAAAUCU